AUGCCAUCCAUCAACUGGCUGAACCAAUGCUGUAUUAUGAGGACCGUACCGAACAUCUUUGGUUUCUAUGGAAUAGCUACGGCAGACCUUCUUCCAUCGCAAUCAUUUGUGCCACUCAACCAAGUCAUUCAUUCAAUCAUAAGCAGUCAGUACGGUAUUGUAUCAAACGCAAACAUGUUAACGUCUUUGGAGACUUGGAACGGUUGCUCUAUUCUACUAUUUAGUACUUUACGAAAGCAAAGUAAUCACAAAGCAACUACAACUGCUACUCUCACGCAGUUCACAUUUCCCAAUACAAAUAAUAUCUUGUAUCGAUCAUCGACUUCUAAUCUACUAGUUAAUCAUCUUCUUCCGGCUAGUAUCGUCUACUCGCUGAAUACCCACUAUAUACCACAAAUCAAUUCAACCUUGCACAUUGUGCUUACCACAACAAUGGGUUUCAGAAAGGCCUUCCACUCGGUCGCUCGCAUUUUCUCCACCAAGGACAAGAAGGUCGCAAAACAAAAAAACACCACGAAGUCUAGGAAGCUCACCAAGAGCCAAUAUCCUAGCAAAACUACCAACUCCACCAAGAAAAGAGUCAAGAAUCUCGUUGAAUUCUUGACCGGUAGCAAAUCUAGAAGAUAUUCCACUGAAUCAGCACCCGAAUCAGAAACACUCGUCGGUUCUUCAAAUCCUUCCUCGACAAGUAAUCACAGAGUCGAGACAUUUGAGCAAGUCCCUGACCAUGCUGGCGCAGAGAAUACGAAUCGCUAUCAGAUUGAAGAUGGACUCACCGGUCCUUCAUCUGCACAGAAUGUGUUGCCAGUUUCCAUGGCGACUGUCGUUGGUAAUCAAUUCGUCGAGGGCGUGGAAGAUGCAGAGCUCGCUGCGCUUCCAUCGGAACCGCCCACUCCUGCAAUCAAGUCGGUUCCUGACGGCGCCUUGAACGAUAUCAAUGAUCAAUCAGUUGAGGUAGUAGAAGCCGCUGAUCCUGCUAUCUUUGACAAUGAUGAUGUUAUUGAUAGCCAAGAUCCUACAGUUGAGACUGUGAAUAAUGGAGCAGAUGCCGCAGAAUAUGCUGCUCCAAUCUUCAAUGAAAACACGGAGGAUAAUGUUUUGGCUGUGGUUACAACUGAAUUAUCUAUCGAUGUUCCAGAAAAUUUUCAUUUGGUUUUCGAACCAUUGGCUACACCAAAUGAAAAUGGUGUUUUACAGGUGCUAUCCGAACCAGAAGUAACCGAACAAAUCGGAAGCGAUACCUCAACUCCUGGUUCGAUCCAGAUGCCCUCAGCCGAAGUUUCACCAAGUAUUGAAGCUUCAAUUCAAUCAUAUGAGGGAUCUAUCAAUAACAUCGAUGGUUCUGCCAUCCAGGAUGAAUCGAUCACCUCGAAUGAGGAAGUUGGCGUAUUCUCAGAGGAAAAUCCUGUUGCGUUCCCAGACCAUAUUGAUGGGUACCAUUUGAAUGGUCGGUUCGCUCCAGCUACCACAGUUCCACAUAAGGCGCGCAGCUUUUGUGGUAGGAUCUUCACUGCCCCUCAGCCAGAGGAACGAGCAUGGAAUGAGGAUGAAUAUACUGAAGAUGUGGUCCGUCAACGUCGCAAUUCGGCACCUGGAAAUCUAGUUUCGCCAGACUCACAUUAUCCAACGAGGAGGCGUGCCAGUCUAACACCUUCUGAUGCGGAGAACGAGGCAAUGUUCAAUGAUCCCAACAAUUACAUUGAUCAUGAUGACUCUGACAUGUACAUUGAGCCUAAACUCAAUAUAUAUCCUUCUGUUUUUGUGGAGCCUGCUGUUCCGAUGAUUGAUGCACCACUUAAUGAUCCGGAAAGAGGGGCUUCUCUUCCAAUUUCGGAAUCAGAGAUUACUUAUGCCCACGUUGUUAGUCCAAUUGCUUCUGACUCUGCCUCGGGGUCGCUCUCUCCAAACGAACCAGACUCACUUGAACAAGGAGCCUUCAUGUUAGAACUUGGAGGGCGUUUCUCAUUGGAGCACGCAAACCGAAAAACUUUCCUAUCAGAGCUUCGAAACACUUUCCCUGUGGAGCAGGAUAGUUCUGAUGUUGUCGAUGAACAAACUGAGGAGGUGAUUGUACCUCAAAAAGCCAAUCAACCUUGUGAAACUCACGCGGAAGAAAUUGUACGCAUGUACAGAAUUCCACGCUACAGUCAAUUCAGAUCAGUCUUUCCUCCUCCUGGUCUCAGCUUUCCUUGGGGUCCCCACAACCCGAUUCCAACAAGAAUAGACAAUUUUAGAGGUAACGACCCUUGGCUCCCAACACCAUGGACAGAUCCAGAUGCGUACCACCAACUGAACGGAAUUCAGAGACGCUGGGUUCAGUUGGAGGUACUUUACCAGACAAGAUUAUUCUGGCUAGAUAUGAACUUCAAAGCAGUAAUCCAUCUUGAAGAAAAUCUAGCGAGUAAGCUGUACGCUUUCAACAAUUUCUGUGGGUGGUAUGGAUGCCAGGCUGAAAAAUGUAAACAUUCUAAAGUCGACGGCCGUCUCUUUUUCUUCGAUCUACAUUCCUACUACACUUCGUGGAAGAACCUUCGGGAUGAGCAAUUGCUACUUGACAAUGAACCGAGUAGUGACUACGCUGUUCAUGAGCCUGAGACUAAUGCAAGUACUGUUGAGCAGACAGCGCUUCAUGAGCAAGAAGCCCGUGUGCAACAAGCCCGAGAACAAGAGGCUUCUCAAGUGGAACCUGCCGAUGAUCAUUACGCUGAUCUCAAUUCAUCGUUGCAGUUCGCCCAAUCGGUAAAACUAGCCAGAAGAGAAAUGAUGAGCCUUAUGGAUUCUGAGAUUGCGGUGGUGAAGGUGAACUCCGUCGUCAUUCAAGAGGUUUUGGCUCGUAACGAAGCUCAGCAUGUGGAGUCAAAACCUCCACAACUUCCGAAUGCUCAAUUUGAUCUCGCGUUGAUCAAUACACAAGCGCAACCAAAGCAAUCUCGAUGGGCUGAGGUGUUCAAAGCACAACAGGAAAACGGUUGCGAAAAGGCAGAGGUAUCACAGGAUGUAGUUCCAAAUACCUCUGAAAAUCCUGUUCCAGUUGGCAAUUUUGGUUUGAAGAUGAUUGAUUUCUCUGUCCUACCAAAACAGUCUCGCUUUACAGAAUUCUUCCCCACGCAACCUAAAUCUGAGCCAGAGGCGGCUCAAGACUCAGUCGUAGAGAAGACUCCUGAAGAUCCUGCUCCACAGGCUCACUUUGGUCUACAGAUGAUUGAGACAUCCCUUCAACCAAGGAAAUCCCGAUUUACAUCGCUCUUUGGAGCGCAAACAACGACUGAUCAAGGUAUCGCUCCGGCCCAAACAUCAGACAGUGAAGAAUCCAUGGAACCUCUCGGCUCACUCGGUGGCAACAACAAAGAUCAAGUCUCUACACGCGAUACCAGUGUUGAACCAACACAGAGCUUAAGUUUCAGCUUAGAAGCACACGCUGUGUCGGACAUUGAUCUUGCAUACGAGGAAGAAGAAGGUGAUCUGUAUAGCGCGUCACCACUGAGAGGACCAUCUCCAGCUUCAAUUAUGCCAAAUCAGUCAUCUCCAGUUCCAGCCCCUGAGGAGUUCAUGAAUAGCUCCCUAGCUUCAAAGCAUCACGGUAGCUGGCAAUUUUACGAUGACCAGGGAUCUUUGCUUGAUGAUCAUGUCGAGAACGUCGGUGACUUCGUCAUCGAAGAUACAAUGGAAGGGGUCGGUGAAGAUUUAGCCUUUGUGUUUGGACAAGUUGAAUUUCCUAUUGAUUCACCUCACGAAGAAUCUCGCGAGAUGCUUGAUGGGGAACCCUGGAUAAUCAUCAGACUUGAGGAUUCUCCCGGAGAUAUUGAUUUCGAGGAAGUCCCAGAAGGAGUCGAACUGCUACAAGACUUCUACGAGGACGGAUGGCCGGUUGAUGAGGGCGGGGAGCAUGAUAUGACACAGACCAUCAGAGAGGGAUUGGAAGAAGAGAAUCCUAAAGUCAUUAAGAUUGUCAGUGAUUUUGAGUACUAUGCCAAUUCUCCUGAUUCUGGAUGGGAGGCUCCGGAGGAUAGUGACGCCACUGAGUCCGAUUCCAAGGAUUCUGAUGAAGAUGGCGGCGACACCGAGUCCGACUUUGAAUCUCCAGAUACGGAUGAAGAUAGCGAUACUGCUGAAACCAAAGCCUGGGAAUCAAAUAAAAAAGACAAUGACCCUAACCCCGAAGCCCAGGAAUUAGUCACGAUUGAUGAGGAUACUGAACCUAAGUAUCAAUUCAGUCGCACUCCUAUCCAAGCCAGACCCGCUCUCUCUGGACUAGCUCUGUCUUUUCAAGAAUUCACUAGCAGAGAGGUUGGAUAUCAUGUCAAUGCGCAUCCAGGUUUUACCAAUGAUCCAGACGCUUUCAUGGACAGUGAGCCCCUUCCAAUCAUGCAAAAAGAUGCAAACAUGGUGCACUGUUCCAACAUCAUCCGACAGAUUAACCUCGCGAGAGAUGAGCUGAUCGAUAGAUGGUUAAACAAGGAAGAUUACUACGAUCCCGAUGGACCAACUUGCAGAUACGUCCUGAAGGAAGGAGAAAAAUAUGGUGAGAGGGUCUGUGAGAACAUGCCUCAAGCCUUGGCUCUGCGGAUUCAAGAUUCCGAGAACCAGCUCUGGGCUGGCGGUGCAACAUUUACAAAGAUAGCACUUGCCAACAAACCGAAAGGUCCCGAGGAAACGAUGUCCUUUGACCUGGACUUUGCUCUCCCUGGCCAGCUCAACAAUCGCUGGAAGCCAGCGUUCAUCGCGAAGUGUGUCAAAGAUAUAGACAUCACAAAGCCUUCGCUUUUCCUUGGUGAAAACGAUCUUUCUGCUUUUGAUGAAAAUAAGUCAACAUUCUAA